GCGCCGCUUUCCCUCUCUCUCUCACACACACACACACGGAGAGAGAGUCUGGGAAUGAAUGUGGUAGACACCAGCAAUAGCUCCUGACGCCAUUCCGCCAUCAACUUUUACCUCUUUCUCUCCCUCCCCUCCCCCACCACCGUGUGUGUGUAUAUGUGUGUGUCUCUCUCUCUCUUUCUCUUUUCCCUCCCUCCUCAUUUCCAUUCGCCACCACAUCGUUUCGGUGUCAUUAGCUUUGGAUCAAGACAUACAUGCGAAGUAUAGUUGAUAUUCUUCCAAUUAUAGGCCUUUCCGAGGCACACAUUGACCGGCUCCACAAGAGAGAGACAGCCGGGUGAUGAGUAAUACUUGAAAACGAUUCUUUUAAACCCUUUUGACAUUCACAUGUAGAAAAGAACACAUCUGAAAAAGUAGUUGGAGCUUUCGUUAUUUGUGGAAGUGAAAACAAGCUCUGGGUUUUUAAAAAGAAAUCAGCAUUGUGUAAGGUCCCUGAAUCAAUUACUGGUGCUUGAAGUGCGAGUAAUUUGGCCUUACUUCCUUGGUAGUAGAGGCAUAGACUUCAGUGCUGGUAGACCUCAUAAUUUGAGGUGGGGCUAAGAUGAGCAUAACUAGUGACGAAGUAAACUUCCUGGUUUAUCGAUAUCUCCAAGAAUCAGAUAUCUAUCUGUCUCAGCUUGGUGGACUCAAUGACUGAACGUCUACAGUUCUCUGGAUUGGAAGAUUCCAAAAAUUCCCACACCUAUGAUUGAAGAAGUUUCUCCUUAUAUUCGUUUUAAAUGGUUUCUCUCAUUCAGCAUUCACAUUUGGAAUAGAAAGUCAUAUAAGUCAGUCAAACAUCAAUGGGACACUAGUGCCACCUGCAGCACUAAUCUCGAUCCUUCAGAAAGGAUUGCAGUAUGUUGAAGCAGAGAUCAGCAUCAAUGAGGAUGGCACAGUGUUUGAUGGCAGGCCAAUUGAGUCAUUGUCUCUAAUAGACGCUGUGAUGCCCGAUGUUGUACAGAGUCGACAGCAAGCGUUCAGAGAUAAACUAGCACAACAGCAGCAAGCAGCAGCUGCAUCUUCAGCUCCACAGCAGCCAACACCAAAGAAUGGAGAAGCUACUAUUAAUGGGGAGGAAAAUGGGGCACACACCAUUACAAAUAAUCAUUCUGAUGCUAUGGAAAUAGAUGGAGAUGUUGAAAUUCCUUCAAACAAAUCCACAGUCUUAAGAGGUCACGAAUCUGAAGUAUUCAUUUGUGCCUGGAACCCAGUCAGUGAUCUUUUGGCAUCGGGUUCUGGAGACUCCACUGCAAGAAUAUGGAACCUCAAUGAAAACAGCAACAGUGGCCCCACUCAAUUAGUACUUAGGCAUUGCAUCAGAGAAGGCGGGCAAGAUGUUCCUAGCAAUAAAGAUGUUACAUCACUUGACUGGAAUAGUGAUGGAACACUCUUGGCCACAGGAUCGUAUGAUGGAUUUGCAAGAAUAUGGACAAAGGAUGGCAACCUUGCAAGCACCCUCGGACAACAUAAAGGGCCCAUCUUUGCUUUAAAAUGGAACAAGAAGGGAAAUUAUAUUCUCAGUGCAGGCGUUGAUAAGACAACAAUAAUUUGGGAUGCUCAUACAGGCGAAGCUAAGCAACAAUUUCCAUUUCAUUCAGCUCCUGCGUUGGAUGUGGAUUGGCAGAAUAACACUACGUUUGCAUCCUGCAGUACAGACAUGUGCAUCCACGUGUGCAGGCUUGGCUGUGAUCGUCCAGUCAAAACAUUCCAAGGGCAUACAAAUGAAGUAAAUGCAAUCAAAUGGGACCCAUCUGGCAUGCUGCUCGCGUCUUGUUCAGAUGACAUGACACUGAAGAUAUGGAAUAUGAAGCAGGACAGUUGCGUACAUGAUUUACAAGCCCAUAAUAAGGAAAUCUACACUAUAAAAUGGAGUCCUACUGGUCCAGGUACCAACAACCCAAAUUCUUACAUCAUGUUAGCCAGUGCUUCAUUUGAUUCUACUGUUCGCCUUUGGGAUGUGGAAAGAGGAGUUUGCCUUCACACCUUAACCAUGCACCAAGAACCUGUAUACAGUGUCGCUUUCAGCCCUGAUGGCAAAUAUCUAGCCAGUGGGUCUUUUGACAAAUGUGUCCACAUAUGGAACACUCAGACGGGAGCUCUAGUGCACAGCUACAGAGGGACUGGGGGUAUUUUUGAAGUUUGCUGGAAUGCGUCAGGGGACAAAGUGGGAGCAAGUGCAUCAGAUGGUUCUGUCUGUGUGCUUGAUCUACGGAAAUAGCAAAAUGGCAAGCUAACAGGAUGUAAGAUUAGACCGGCAGUGAAUGUGCGGGUGGCAAAUGCGCUCCUUCACCGUGUGUCAGCUCCAGAACUACAAGAAUCUGACUUUUAAAAUGAAAUGGUUAAAACCAGCUCUCCCUGACCAUUUAAUUCUAAUUCCCUGCCCCACCCUUCCAAAUAAUGAUCUUAUUGUCUGCAAACCCCCAGUUCAGUCCCCUAUAUGAAACCCAAUCGUGCGCUGGCAUUUUCACCAGUUGAACCCUUCAGCCUUGGAAUGUCACGCAAGGAUACUGCUUCAGUUCAUGUUUUGGGGUUUUCAACAGGACAGAUGAUGGCAAUUUAUGUUCGUGACUGAGAGCAUUGUGCCAAACUGCAGAUGCUGUGAUGUACCAAAAAAAACAAACAUGAGAGAAAAAAAACAAAUGACCAACAAAAAAAAGGAAAUAAUGUAGAUUUUCCUUCCUUCAUGUACUUUCCUCAUUCUGGUUUGGACACUAAGGUGCUGCUGAAAAUGAAGAAUAACAUUGUGUGCAGUCACAGUGAAAUAAUCUGCAACUUUGUAAUAGCAACACUUUAUAUUUUCUGGAUUUUUGUUUUGUUUAAAAAAAAGUUUUAGGGACGCUGGAGUAUUAUGUAGGUUCCUAAAAGAAGCUUUUACCAGGGUUGGAUGUGAAUGAUUUUGUUUCUAGAAGCUGCAGGGAGGAAUCUGUGGGGUUUUAAAACUUAAGCUUUCCUGAACUGCUGAUAGACUUGCUUACAUUACUGUGCUUCAGGUUGUGAUCUUUCAAAAAGGCACUUCUUCAGAGAACUGCAUAUUAAAAGUGCUUUACAUUUGAGAAGGUGAACUUGUCACCAGCUACAUACAGGGAAAGAAGACUCACGGGAAGAUCCCCAGUGUAUUUUUGAAAAAGAAAUAGCAAAAUAAAUAUUUGUAAUUUUUACCUUUAAUCACACGCCAGACCUUAAAAGCCAGAACGGCAAACCACAAACCUAGCAGACACUUCAUUUUAAAGAAAUGCAAGAAAUGAGACAUCGUAACACUGUACAAGAGCUUAAAUUCUUUAAUCUCAUGCCAUGCUUUAGGUCUUUUUUUUAAAUAUUUGCUAACAAAGCUGUUUAGAGCCAGGUGAGGUGCACUUUGUCUGAUGUAAGGGUCUGCUUUGUUUUGUUCUCUGAGUUUUUUGAAUAUGUUCCUUGUCAUACGCAGAGAAUUCAUUUGUUUAAUAUCUGUGUUCUGGCUUUUGUUGCUUUUAUUGUCUGUGUCAGACUGUCAGCCAGACUUUGUUCCUUCUCCUUGCAGCCUCUCAGGAGUUUAGGUCAAAGGAGAUCACGUGACCUUUUAUGUUUCUUCUAAUCCAGAAUGUGUGAUGUAGCUCGUGCUCAUUAAAGAAAACAAAUCAUCAAAUCAUAUUCAAUGUCUUGAAUAAAUUGCUAUAUUUUGAUAUUAGAAAA